CCUGAAGAUUUCUUCUUUCAGUUUUUCAUCGUCUGCUAAACUUGUCUUGUGAAAAACACUAUACACUCAUCACUAGCCAACAAUCAACAUGAACCGUCUGUUAAUUGUUUUGGUUAUUGCAUUUGUCAGUUACUCACUGGGUGCACCGGAAAACAUUGAAUCGCACAGUGCAGACAUAAAUCAUGACUUAGAGCACAGCAGUGACCAUGAACUUGAGAAACAGAAUGGAUAUAGAGACGGAAAUGUAAACAGUGAUCAAUCUACAUCAGAAAAUCCAAUUGAUGAAGAUAGAGGAUGUGUGGGGUAUAAUUAUUAUAGUGAUGGAUGGUAUACCGAUCAUGAAGUAAUGUGUCGUAAAUAUUGUAAAAAAGCUUGUGUUUCGGGAUCGGAAACAAGUGAAUGUUUGAAAUGUAUGACUAAAUGUCUACAUUAAAAUAAUUUAAUUUGAUAUAGUUAAAUUGUAAAAUGUAUGUAGAUUUAGGGUUUUAAAUAUACAAUAAUUGUGAAUUUAUUUGUAUACGAAGAAUGCAAUUAUGUAGUCAAUUAAUUUAAUUUUAAGCAAUUUGACUGUAGAAAUCAUGAUAAUUUGUACUGAGAUGUAAUUUAAUAAAUUUUUGUUUAUGAUAUUUUGUAUAUUAUAAUGUAUUUUACAUAUGUUUUCUUACACCUGUUUUGGCCAUAAAUUUACGCUUUUCGAGUUGCAUUAAAUCAAAAUACAGGAGAACUAGUGGACCGUAUCAAUUAUCAUAAUGUUGCACUUACAGCUGC